AUGGUGCCAGACACCGCCCUGGACUGGGACCCCCUGAUGGAUCCGGACCCCCUGCUGCUGCUCCCCGCCUCGGGGCAGGAGGGCAGGGAGCAGGACACUGUGCCCCCCGUGCAGGUGACGCCACUGGGGGGCUCCAUGCGUCUGUACCAGAUUUUGGGGGGUCCCCCCUCGGGACCCCACCCACCCGGACCCAGGCUCCUUCUGGUGCUGCUGCCUUGGCUGGGGGCACAGCCAGGGCAACUCUGGCCGUACCUGAGGUGGUACCUCGGGCACGGCUUGGAUGUUCUGGUGGUGCCCACCAAGGCCUGGCAUUUCCUGCGGCCCCAAAGGGGACAGAGGUUGGCACAGAGCUUGCUGAGGGCCUUGGAGGAUGGGGAGGGGGAAACUGGGGGGACUGGGGGUGGUGAUGGUGGCACUGGUCUGGCUGGUGGGCACAGUGGUGAUGGUGGCACUCAUGGUGGUGGUGGCGGCGGCAUUGGCCAUUCUGGUGGUAGCAAUGGCGAUGGUGGCACUGGUCUGGCUGGUGGGCACAGUGGUGAUGGUGGCACUCAUGGUGGUGGUGGCAGCAGCAUUGGCCAUGCUGGUGGCAGUGGUCAUGCUGGUGGCAGCAAUGGCGAUGGUGGCACUGGUCUGGCUGGUGGGCACAGUGGUGAUAGUGAAGGUGGCAUUCAUGGUGGUGGGGAUGCUGGCAGCGGUGGCACUGGUCCUGCUGGUGGCAGCAAUGGUGAUGGUGGCGCUGGUGGCACUGAUCACCCUGGUGGUGGCACUCAGGGUGUUGGCAAGGAUGGUAGUGCUGACACUGGUCUUGCUGGUGCCAGUGGUGCUGGUGGUGCUGCUGGUGGCACUGGCAUCAACACUGUUUGUCUGGGCACCGGUGCCAGCCCUGGUGCAGCUGGUGCCAGUGCCUUGGCCGGGCGCCCGUUACUGGUCCAUGCCAUCUCGGCAGGUGCCUACACCUUUGCCCAGCUCCUGCUGCUCCUCAGGCAGCACCCUGGACAGUGCCAACGCCUGGCACCACGCUUCCAGGGCAUCGUCUACGACAGCCUGGUCACCGGCGACUUUGGGGACAUGGCACGAGGCCUUGCCAACGCGGUGCCCUCCUCUGCCCUUCGCCCCAUCGUCCGUGCCAGUGCCCAUUUCUACCUGUGGGCGCUGGGCUGCUGCGUGGGCCGGGAGCUGGCACUGGCGCGGGCAGCCUUUGCCAACACCCCGCUGCGGUGCCCCCUCCUCCUCUUCUACAGCCUGGACGAUGAGCUGAGCCAGGCAGCCACCCUGCGGGCACUGCUGGCCGGCUGGCGAGCCCUGGGUAUCCGUGCCCACGCCGUGGGCUGGCAACAUUCGCGCCACGCUGCCCACCUACGCUGGCACCCCCAGGAGUACCGCCGGGCACUGCUGGCCUUCCUGAAGCUGACUGAAGGGGCACCUCGGGCCAGGCUGUAGAUGGGCACCCACCGUGGCACG